CUGYCCGCCACGUUAAUUUAAUCAAAUUCUCCAAUAGUUCCAAGUCGAUGGAAAUGUUAUAUAGACGGUGAAAAGAAAUCGAACGCCAUGGCAGACUAACCGGUCAUUAUCAGUACAACUUUCAAAACUUGUGCUUUAUUACAAAAUGGCGAGCGUUUUUAAACGUAAAGGACUGGGCAUUUUAUCAGCGAUUGUUGCGUUCUGUGGACUUGUAAUGAUAGCUGCAGCGCUUAUUACAGAAUAUUGGGUUAAUGCCGAUCUUAGGUAUGAAGUCCAAGUUACGGAAAACAAUCGAACUUCGACGAAAGAACAAGACGGAGGUACGAARCACUUCGGUCUGUUCUCUGGAUCAACAGCGCAGAAUCUUGGCCUUGGAUCCCGUGAAAGAGACUUCAAAGUGAUUGACGAGUUUGAAAACGUCGCCAAUGAUAAGGUUGUGUGGGCCACAGUUGGGUUCUGCGUGCUCAGUUUUCCGUUCAUCUUGAUUGGCAUUGUAAUGUCGUGCUACAAUGAAUUCUCAAAGCCCAACCUUGUCUUGUUUGGGUCGAUUGGGAUAUGCAUCGUUCACGGACUGGCUUUCAUUAUGCUCCUUGUUGCUGUUUGCCUAUACGCUAGUCUCUUUGAGAUCCAACUUAAGAAGAACGUACUUCGACCAGAAGACAAAAAAGUUGGUUUUGAAUCCACUGGUCGCGCACGUCUCGACUACUCAUUUUGGAUGCUUCUUGGUUCAGCUGGGGUUGUUCUGCUUAGUCCGUUAUUAUUUCUUCUCAGUAAAGUUCACUUGACUCAUUACUUCAAAACAUCACACCAGACCAAGGAACCAGCACCCACAGACCAUGGCGUCAUGUUGUAUUAAUUGAUGGCAGGUCAAAACAACUGCGUGAAAACACUAUAAAACCAUGAAGUUGAAAAAAAGUUAUGUAUAGACAAUGGAAUAAUAACGAAGAAUAGUGAAGCAAGAAGUACGAUUGUAUAUAUUCCAAAGUGGAUUUUGUUGGUUUUAUGCCAAUCGAAUCCAAACAUUUUCACUCUAAUAUCUAUUUUAAUCUCUGGAUUUUUGUCUCGAAGUACAUAAGUUGAGAAACUAAGUACGAUCUCUGUUUGAUUAACACUCUUGGACUGUUAAACUGAAAGAACUAAUUUGUAAUUAGAGUUUAUCAAAGUGAAUACAACAAUAUGCAUAAAUUAUGAUCAUUUUGACUCAUUCCAAGUAUAUAUAAAAUAUAUCAGAAAUUAUGGGAUAUCAUCGCCARUUUUUUUUCAGAAAGUGCUAGUGCUAGGCAACUUCAAAAAAUAUCGGCGAUGAUAUUCUAUAAUUUCUGAUAUAUUUUAUAGAUACUUGGAAUAUGAGUCAAAAUGAUCAUAAUUUCUGCUUUAUCACUCUAAAUACCAAUAGCUUGUAUAAUAACCCUAGAGUCAUUGUGAGAGUAUAAUAAAAUGUAUUGUCAUGUAGACUGAUUCCUUACUCCGAGAAUUUUUCUCCGUGCUCAUUUAGAACCGAAGUUAAAUUAAUAGAAUUUUAACGGAGAAAAAAACUAUAUUCAUAAGUCGUUUACUUAAAAUUCUAUUUGUUAAGUAAUUAUAAUUUGAUUCAUCGUAUCGUUCUGUAUUCGUCUACACAAUCAAUCUUCGAGUUGUGUUGUCAUUGGCGGCUUGAUAAAUUAUGCAAUGGCUGUAACAGUAGAGUCAAGUCCCGGAAUAAAAUAGCUUUAGUGAAAA